CCGAUCCAAAGACUCAAUGCGACUGCGAUUUCGUGAAGACCAGCAUCAGCUUCAUUCAUCUCUCUUCUUUCUCAAGGCAAUGCCCCUAGCCUCUAUCACAUAAACCAAACCUUUCCCUUUCUUUUGUUUUCCCGUGCCGGGGAGAGAACCUUAUAGUUUCGCAGGUGGCGUGCGCAGUCGCAAGUCGCCGCUUCCUCAUCACACCUGUCAUGGACAUCGCUUUUUGAAAUAGCCAAAAAUAUCGUCCGCCUCCGUCUUGUCCAAUCUUUGCAUAUUACCCCCCAGCUCAUACCUGGCAGUAUUGAGUAGCAAGAUUAUAAGAUGGCUCAGCCGCUGGAUCUCGCAAAGACUCUCGUCAAGUCUGUUAUGCGUGCUUUCUACGAAACCCGCCACAUUCUGAUCAUUGACGCCUUGAUCAUUCACUCUGCGCUUCGAGACGAUGACUUGGCUUACCUGAUGGCGACGAACACAAAGGAUCUUCAUAAGGCAUGCGGAAAGCUCAGAGAGGACCGCUUUCUUGCUGUUUACACGAGACUGGAAUAUCGCGAAGACCCCAAGAACCCCGAGGCGAAACCCCGACCCGUCAACCGAACAUACUACUACAUAGACUACCGCCAGACCAUCGAUGCCAUCAAGUGGCGUGUGUACACCGUCGACAAGCAGAUUCAAGGCACCACCGUGCCAGCGAGCGAACGCAAAGAGUACUUUUGCGGGCGUUGCAAAUCGGAAUGGACCCAAAUGGAGGUACUCGACAACGUUGGCCCCGAGGGUUUUGUCUGUCACCGCUGCGGCGCUCCCCUCACCCACGAUCUCGAGCGCAACUCAGCCGGUCACGAGCAAUCAACCCGGUUGAACAAUCAAUUCAAGUUUAUCACCGAACUGCUGCCACGUAUUGACGAGAUGGUUGUACCGGACAACACAUUCGAUAUUGCGAUUAGCAAAGCCCUACCCGUCGUGCGCGACGCAAGCUACCAAUCCGUCACUACCAUACCCGUCUCUUCCCUGCAACCGACAUCAGUCAAGGGUCUUGAUAACGUCGGUCCCAAGUCGAUGUCCGUCAGUAUAUCUACAUCGGAUGGGCCAUCGGAGGCAGAGAAGGCCGCAGAGAAGGCGCGCAAAGAGAAGGUCGCACAGCAGAACGCACUCCCCUCGUGGAUGUCGAAUAGUACUGUCACCGGCGAGUCGUUCUCAGCCCAAGCCGGCCCGACACCUGCCACCAAGAUCGAGGAAACGGACGACAAGGACGCUGUGGUUAGGUCAGCAGACAACCCAGAACAUGCAGAACUGGACGACUACUUUGCUCGGCUCAAGGCUGAGCAAGAGGCUGAAGCGGCAAGGGCAAUGGAGGAGGAAGAGGACGAUGAUGACGAUGACGAGGAUACUUUUGAGGAUGUGACGCCAAGCGUCGCGACUUCAGCUCCAGCUAUCAAGACGGAGCCAUCACCGGACUCUGAAGAAAGAGUAGUCAAGAAGGUGAAGGUGGAAGCGCCGGUGGAUGGGGAGGAUGGGGAGAGUGAUGAAGACAUGGAAUUUGAAGACGUCUAGAAGCAAUGCUUUUUUUAAGAGGUAUGCAUCCUCCCCUUGCCUUGGGGUGUUGGUGAUCGGGAAGGCAGAAUGCAACGAUGUACAUCUGUUAUGGGUUAAGACCUUUUGGUUUCCCCUGUUGCAAGACUUCAUUAAACAAGUUUCGCGAUUCCACCGCAAAAUCCACCACGAAUGAUCCUUUCACCCCAUCUUGACGAUUCGAGAGUAGAAAAUACGCAGAUUCGUUCAGAUGUUGGCAAGCCGGCCGCUUCGACAGUGGUACAUUGCGUGUGGAGUGUUUGAAGAUUGAAUGAUGUCACCGCCCAAGCAAAAGGGAUGAUUUGCUCACAAAACGACAUACUCGAUCGACCAGUAGUCGUGGGUCCCGCCACCUUGAUCCC